GAAUCCAUUCUCGCGGACCUGCAAGAUUCAGACGAGCUUGAGGGACCACUUGAGGAUCACGGCGCAGAGGAGGGCGAAGAUCUGGGAGCACAACCAGGCCAGGGAGCACCGAGCAGCCAAACCGCUUGCGAUCCCUGUCUCUUGUUUUUUAGCCGGAGGGGUUGUACCAAAGGGUCUGCGUGCCACUACUGCCACUUGGACCACCCCCACUUCCAGCGUGCGGCCCGCCGACCUCGACGUCAGGCGCGCGAGCGGUACAAGCGCAGUGUACUGCAGCUCCUUCACAGCCAGCUCGAUCUCGAGCAGAUCCACGACGAACUGCAG